GAACCUUCGAAUGAAGUAGAAGACGACUACUAUUUUGAUGAAAGAGAAUAUAGGCGUGAAGAUCCUCCUGACCCCCUUUUUAAUAAUGAUAUACACUUUGGGGCUGGUGAUGCUGAUUGUAGUGAUCAAGAAAGAUAUAAUAAUGGUGAAAUUGAAUAG